AUGCUGCGGGUCACGCCAAUUCAUCGUAUUGGAACGAUAUCAACUGCCCUAGCUAAUUUAGUUCUUUUAACUUCGAAUAGUUUUAGUGUAUGUGAUCCUUUUGGUGUACUAUUCAUUGGUGGUGUGGUAUUUCGUCUAAUGUCUCUUCCAGCAACUAUUUAUGGCGAUCGGUGUGUCUCAAGGGCAGCGUGUGCACUUCCGGAACUACAGGAAGCCUAUCAGCAGUACAGAGCAAUUGUUGAUCAUCCCCGUGCUAUUAUUUGGGAAAAGAAGGUUGCCGCUCAAAAGUUGAAAAAUGACCGAGAUCGUAUUUUUCGAAAUUAUCAUACUGAUAAUGUGCGUCUGGUAGUUCCCCAUGGUGCAGCACUUCUAUGGGCCUGGUAUACUUUAUGCAGUCCAGCCCAGCAAAUUGGCGAUUUCCUUUCUGUUGGUAGUGUUGGUAAUACUGCAGCUGCUGUUAAUACAGUGACACCUCUCACAUUUCAAGUUUUGGGUUUAUCAUUUGACCCAACCCUUGUGGUUGCGGCAACCAUUACAUUAUUUAACGUUCAUGAAUAUUUAAAACGUCGAACUGGUUUUAGUGAUGGAUUGGAUGAAUGGAUACAGCAAGCAAGUCGUUGUAGUACUAUUGUGUGGAGUGGCUUCGUAGCUUUGGUUAUGUUUACACAGAUUUUUACUGGUUUUGUCUCAUUUAUUCCUCCACAUAUUGCUCCUGUGUGGUUAGGUAUUAGUGUAGUGAGUGGAUGUAAGAGUGUACUUGUUAAUCAUACCGCACCCAUGCGGGCAUUACUCUCCAUUGAGGAUUACCCACCUUCUCACGGUUCAUAUGGGGCAUCAAGCACAGCGGAAGCACAUGAGUAUCGACUAGCAUUUACUGGUGUAGAUGCAGAGGAAAGGAGAGAAAUGUGGCAAACACAAAAGAAGGCACUAGACUAUGAGUGCAAUGUACGGCUACAUCGUAUGCUAAAACAAGUUGGUCUCUUUGACAGAGUGGAAGAGGCAGAGUACGAGGCAGAAAAGUUAAAGAGAAAACUUUCUGUAGCCAGGGAACGACGGCAACAACGUGAGGCACGGGAAAAAGAUGGAUCACAAGAAGAAGAAGAAAAAGAAAGAGAAAGAGAAAGUAUAUGUGAUGAAGGAUUGGUUUCCACCUCACAUAUACGUGAGACUGAUGUUGUGGGGCCCUCAGCCGCUUCUGUGGCAGCAACACACUUUGAUGAUAUACAACUGCAAGAUAACGAGCGACGCCAAAAACGUCGCGGUGUGGUACAGUCAUGA